UCUAUCUAUAUUAUGUAUUGCUGUGAUUAAUUAAUAUUUGAUCUACAUUGUUUAGGUUGCAAUGUUUAUCUUUUACGAAUAUUUAAAUACAACCAAAGAGCAUUUAAUAAAUUAUCACUAAAUAUGAUGUAAGUACUUUUUAUCUCUUCCACCAAAAAAUUGAUGACAUUCAGAUUUCAGAGGUGCGCUUGAGAAAUACUAUCCACUUUCGGUGCGCAUUUAUUAGUGAAAAUUUCUCGUAAGCAUCAUUUCGCUUCUCAUUAUACUUCACAAACAACUAAUCCACCGUCAUGACUAGUGUAUGUGCAUCUCCAAGUUGUGGAAAAGAUACCGAAUCCAACUUAAAAUGUCCUGUGUGUUUAAAGGAAAAUGUGAAUAGUGUUUUCUGUGAUCAAACAUGUUUCAGAUCAAGCUGGUCUCAUCAUAAAGCUAUUCAUAAAGGUGAUGAUGGAUCAGAAGAUUAUAACCCUUUCCCGACUUUUGGAUACUCUGGUAAUGUGAAACCACAUUACCCAUUAACUCCAAGAAGAAGUAUUCCAAAGCAUAUCAAAUUACCGGAUUAUGCCAAAACUGGUAAACCAAUCAGUGAAAUUAAAAAUGAUAGAAUUGGCAAGAUUCUCGUUUAUACUCCUAAGAAUAUUGAGAAAAUCAGAAAAGUGGCUAUAUUGGCAAGAGAAAUCCUUGAUGCAGGUGCUGCUGCCGUUAAACCAGGAAUAACUACUGAUGAAAUUGAUGCUAUUGUUCAUAAGGAAUGUUUGAAGAGAAACUGUUAUCCAUCUCCAUUAAAUUACUACAACUUUCCAAAAUCGGUAUGUACAUCUGUAAAUGAAGUUAUAUGUCAUGGUAUCCCUGAUAAAAGACCAUUAGAAGAUGGCGAUAUUGUAAAUAUCGACGUCAGUAUUUUUUACUUAGGAUUUCAUGCAGAUUUGAAUGAAACUUACUAUGUGGGGGAUAAAGCAAAGGCUAAUCCAGACAUCGUUAGAUUAGUUGAAACUACAAGAGAAUCUUUAGAUUUGGCUAUUAAAGCAGUUAAACCAGGUAUUGCUUUUAGAGAACUAGGUAAUAUCAUUGAAAAGCAUGCCACGGAAAAUGGAGUAUCUGUUGUAAAGACUUAUUGUGGACAUGGUACUGGUGAAUAUUUCCAUUGCCAACCUAAUGUUCCUCAUUAUGCAAGAAAUAAGGCUGUUGGUAUAGCUAAGCCAGGUAUGGUUUUUACUAUAGAACCUAUGUUAAACUUAGGAUCUUAUAGAGAUAUGAGUUGGCCUGAUAAUUGGACAUCAGCUACUCAAGAUGGUAAGUUUUCCGCUCAAUUUGAACAUAUGCUUUUAGUAACUGAAACUGGUGUGGAAGUAUUAAGUGCCAGAACUGAAACUUCUCCUGGUGGUCCAGUAGAUAGAAUAUAAUCAUGUUCGGUAUAUUGGGAUUAAUAGACAUUGAUAUGUAUUAUAUGAUCUUGUAUAAAUCUAGGAAGUACUGUAUAGUAAAUCAAUUAUAUUACCUUGUAAAUCAUAUAAUCGUGACACAAAGUACUAAAUGUAUGUUAACUUAAAAUUUGUGUCAUUAGUAUAAGACUUAACGUUAGAAGAUAAAUUAACUUCUUUGAAUAUAUUUCUGUUUGGUUAAUAACCUUGAUGGCUUAGUUGAAACUAAGUGAUUUCAAACUAUACU